UAGCUUGACAUUACAUAACCGAUUCUGUCAAAAUAUACAUGCUGUUUAAAAAUCGUAACAUACGAAAACUUCGAUUAGCUUUUUAUUCUAUUUAACCAAUUUGUAUCAGGAUGUUAAAACUACAAAAAAUCACCGGCUUGACUCGCUCCAGUCUGCGUUAUAUUUCCACUGCAAUAAGUACCCGAAAUGCUGACGCAGCCGUUGCUGCGCCAGUUGAAAAGCUCACCAUUCCAGUUCCCGAAGGAACCGAAAAGCCGGUCAACCCAAAACUUGCGUCUAUUGUGGACAGUAUUGCAGCGUUAAACCUCUUAGAAGUUUCCGAACUUAGUGGUCUUUUGAAAAAGAAACUAAAUCUUCCGGAUGCCCCCAUGAUGCCUAUGGGAUUUAGUGCCGCAGGUCCAGCAGCGGCACCGGUUGAUGAAGACGAGGCUGCUCCAAAGAUUGUCAAAACAACCUUCAAAGUAAAGUUGGUCAAAUUUGACGAGAAGCAGAAGGUAGCACUUAUCAAAGAGGUGAAAAAUCUACUGGACGGAAUGAAUUUGGUUCAAGCGAAGAAGUUCGUGGAAAGUGCCCCGACGCUUGUCAAGGAAGAUAUUCCGAAAGACGAAGCGGAAAAGCUGAAGGAUGCUUUCACCAAAGUAGGCGCGGUUAUCGAGAUAGAAUAAGUAUGUUUAUAAGUUUAUCAAUCGUUAGUGUGAAUAAAAUGUGAAAUAAAGGAUAAUGUUGUGUUUAUA